AUGGACGGCCACCUCUGGCCGCUUUAUGGGGCCUGUCCUUACCUGCCCGGCUCCGAGGACAGCUCAGAGGGACAUGGGAGCAGGUCCACGUGGCAUCUGACUACGGGGCGGCCCCCCUCCUCCUCUCCCAGUUGGAAACAGGCCUCCGAAGGUGUGGAACAGGGGGUUCUCAGGGGACAGCCUGGAGGGAUCGGCAGCGGGUUCACGCACACAGGCCACGGGGGCCCCAGCGAGGCUCCCCUCCAGCCCCCACGCCUGCAGGGCGGUGAAGCAUCUAGGCUGGGAUCUGCGGUACCCUCCGUGAGGACACUCCCCUUUACCUGUCCGCGACGUCGGGCAGCCCCUCCUCCCCUCCGCUGCGCACGCGGACCCACUUGCGAUUGGAAGCCUCCCAGCUCCGGUCCCCGCGGCCUCUCUGACUGGCCGGCCCUUCCCUCGGCCACGCCCAGCCCGCUCCCGCCUCAGCUCGGGCUGCUCCUCUCCCACCUGGGGUGCCCUCCCGGCUCCGAGCAUCCACCCUGGUCGGUGGCCGAGCUGCGCCGUCUCCUGAUCUCAGGCUGCGUGCACGUCUCAAGCUGGUCCUCCUUGCGCAGUUUGCUCUGUCCGCUCUGCAAGAAAGGUCCGGUACCUGGCGUGUGCAAGGUGCUGGUGAGCCGGGACGGGCAUUCAGUGUACACACUGGGGGUCUACACGCCAGGGGUCUACGUGCCAGGGAUCUACACGCUGGGGGCUUUUCCGCCGGGGCCCUACCCACUGGGGGCCUACGUGCCGGGGGUCUACGUGCUGGUCAGAAAAUACUGCCGACAAACCCAGCUAAUGAAGAGAGCGUUUGUGACCGGCUCAGCGGGCCGGACGGGGGUCACUCCCAGGUGUGCUGGCAAGGCUGAGAGGGGCUGCAGCGGCCUCCGUGGGGAGGUGGGGCCUGGCAUAGGAGACCAGAGGAUCCAGAGCUGCCGGAGUAGUCCUGUCCACCCAGCCGGCCAGGGCUGCCGGAGGGAGACCGAGAGCUGGGUCCCCGGGGAUGGUGAGGAGGACAGUGAGGAGAACGGUGAGGAGGACGGUGAGGAGGAUGGUGAGGAGGACGGUGGGGACAGUGAGGAGGACAGUGAGGAGGACGGUGAGGACAGUGAGGACAGUGAGGACAGUGAGGACAGUGAGGAGGACGGUGAGGAGGACGGUGAGGAGGGCAGUGAGGAGGACAGUGAGGACAGUGAGGACAGUGAGGAGGACAGUGAGGACAGUGAGGAGGACGGUGAGGAGAGCAGUGAGGAGGACAGUGAGGAGGACGGUGAGGAGGGCAGUGAGGAGGAUGGUGAGGACAGUGAGGAGGACAGUGAGGACAGUGAGGAGGACGGUGAGGAGGACAGUGAGGAGGACGGUGAGGAGGACAGUGAGGAGGACGGUGAGGACAGUGAGGACAGUGAGGAGGACAGUGAGGAGGACGGUGAGGAGGACGGUGGGGACAGUGAGGAGGAUGGUGAGGAGGGCAGUGAGGAGGAUGGUGAGGAGGACGGUGAGGAGGACAGUGAGGAGGACGGUGAGGAGGACAGUGAGGAGGACGGUGAGGACAGUGAGGACAGUGAGGAGGACAGUGAGGAGGACGGUGAGGAGGACGGUGGGGACAGUGAGGAGGAUGGUGAGGAGGGCAGUGAGGAGGAUGGUGAGGAGGACGGUGAGGAGGACAGUGAGGACAGUGAGGAGGGCAGUGAGGACAGUGAGGACAGUGAGGAGGACGGUGAGGACAGUGAGGAGGACGGUGAGGAGAGCAGUGAGGAGGAUGGUGAGGACAGUGAGGACAGUGAGGAGGACGGUGAGGAGGACGGUGAGGAGGACAGUGAGGACAGUGAGGAGGACAGUGAGGAGGACGGUGAGGAGGGCAGUGAGGAGGAUGGUGAGGACAGUGAGGAGGACAGUGAGGACAGUGAGGAGGACAGUGAGGAGGACGGUGAGGAGGACAGUGAGGACAGUGAGGAGGACGGUGAGGAGGACAGUGAGGAGGACGGUGAGGAGGACAGUGGGGACAGUGAGGAGGAUGGUGGGGACAGUGAGGAGGACAGUGAGGAGGACGGUGAGGAGGGCAGUGAGGACAGUGAGGAGGACAGUGAGGAGGGCAGUGAGGAGGACGGUGAGGAGGACAGUGAGGAGGACGGUGAGGACAGUGAGGACAGUGAGGAGGACCGUGAGGAGGACGGUGAGGAGGGCAGUGAGGAGGACGGUGAGGAGGACAGUGAGGAGGACGGUGAGGAGGAUGGUGAGGACAGUGAGGAGGACAGUGAGGAGGACAGUGAGGAGGACGGUGAGGAGGACGGUGGGGACAGUGAGGAGGACAGUGAGCAGGACGGUGAGGACAGUGAGGAGGACGGUGAGGAGGACAGUGAGGAGGACGGUGAGGACAGUGAGGACAGUGAGGAGGACGGUGAGGAGGAUGGUGAGGACAGUGAGGAGGACAGUGAGGAGGACGGUGAGGAGGACGGUGGGGACAGUGAGGAGGACAGUGAGCAGGACGGUGAGGACAGUGAGGAGGACGGUGAGGAGGACAGUGAGGAGGACGGUGAGGAGGAUGGUGAGGACAGUGAGGAGGACAGUGAGGAGGACAGUGAGGAGGACGGUGAGGAGGACGGUGAGGAGGACGGUGAGGAGGACAGUGAGGACAGUGAGGAGGACGGUGAGGAGGACGGUGAGGAGGACGGUGGGGACAGUGAGGAGGACAGUGAGCAGGACGGUGAGGACAGUGAGGAGGACGGUGAGGAGGACAGUGAGGAGGACGGUGAGGACAGUGAGGACAGUGAGGAGGACGGUGAGGACAGUGAGGACAGUGAGGAGGACCGUGAGGAGGACGGUGAGGAGGGCAGUGAGGAGGACGGUGAGGAGGACAGUGAGGAGGACGGUGAGGACAGUGAGGACAGUGAGGAGGACGGUGAGGAGGAUGGUGAGGACAGUGAGGAGGACAGUGAGGAGGACGGUGAGGAGGACGGUGAGGAGGACGGUGGGGACAGUGAGGAGGACAGUGAGGAGGACAGUGAGGAGGACGGUGAGGAGGACGGUGGGGACAGUGAGGAGGACAGUGAGCAGGACGGUGAGGACAGUGAGGAGGACGGUGAGGAGGACAGUGAGGAGGACGGUGAGGAGGAUGGUGAGGACAGUGAGGAGGACAGUGAGGAGGACAGUGAGGAGGACGGUGAGGAGGACGGUGAGGAGGACGGUGAGGAGGACAGUGAGGACAGUGAGGAGGACGGUGAGGAGGACGGUGAGGAGGACGGUGGGGACAGUGAGGAGGACAGUGAGCAGGACGGUGAGGACAGUGAGGAGGACGGUGAGGAGGACAGUGAGGAGGACGGUGAGGACAGUGAGGACAGUGAGGAGGACGGUGAGGACAGUGAGGAGGACAGUGAGGAGGACAGUGAGGAGGACGGUGAGGAGGACGGUGGGGACAGUGAGGAGGACAGUGAGCAGGACGGAGACGGCGGGGGGACCGGGCAGCCUGUCUCUGUGGGAAUGGUUCUGGGGGGCACCCACCACGCAGGCUGGGGGCUCAGAGCACCGCCUGACUGCGGCACAGUUCCCGGGGGGCCGAGGAGUGGGAGCAGCUCAGGUGUGCACCAGCCGGCAAGCGGACGGCGGUGCAGCCUGUCUGUGCUGGGAAGCAUGCCGCCGUGCGCCGUGUCCAAGGCGGCGCAGGCUGCAAGCUCGGGCUGGACCUGCAGGACCACACGCCAAGCGGAGGAGCCAGACACGAGGAGCUACCCAGAUAUGACUGUCAACUCGUGGGAACAGAAGCAGCUUGGUUGGGGGGGCCAGGCCGGGUCCCUGCUCCAGGAGAUCAUAGUGCUGCUGGCCUGCUCUGCUGGACUGACGCUGCUUGGAGACACCGCCUGCGGGAUGGGCCACACCUCAGGGGACCCAGGCACGGGGGUCCUCCUGGCCCGUGAAUCCCAGAUGCGGGGUCAGCAGGCCCGAGACCUGUCCUCCCCCCGAGGCAUCAUCCGGAGCCUCCUCCAGCCGCCCGUACCCCCUGCAAUCCCCAGACCCAUUCUCGGCUCUGCGAUAAAGCUGUGCCUGGACAGCAGUGCAGAGCAGUGGACACGUGAGGACACGGAGGAGGCGCCGUCCACACCCCCGGAGAGAGGCCUCAGGAGACACGGGCCCACUGGCACCCUGAUCUCGGACUUCCAGCCUCCAGGACAGUCCCUGGUGUCCGGUCGGGUACCUGGCCAAGGCAGCCGCGUGGAAAAGCGGCCGAGCGGGGUCCCCCCGGAGCAGAGCGGCCCGGAGCCCGAGCCUCGUCCCGGGGGCUCUGCCCCGUGCAGCCGGCUGGCGUCUCCUCGGGUGAGGGGCCGACGCCUGGCCAGUGCAGACCAAGGCAAGGUGGAGGCCUCUCUGGGCCCCUUCCGGCCACGCCUAUGCACGGCUGCCACACAGGAGGACAGGGGAAGGAAGGCGGGGGUGGACGUGGCGGCGGGGGGGCGGCCCGUGGUCCAGGGCCGGGACCUCAAUUACCGCCCGCGAGGCAGAAAUGUCAGCGACGCCUCCGGCAGCGUCCACCUCGAUGGGGCUGAAGCAUCGCAGCCCCGGAGCCGCGGGGACGUCACAUCAUUGCUGGCUGCCAGGCAGUCACCCUUGACGGGCUGUGCCAUGCCCAGCCUCCCAGCCUGCCGGUGUCUUCAGACCAGGCUUGACCGCAAGCCAGUACGUCCUCUAAGUCACAAAAAGCAAAACAACAUGAAGCUGGCUGGCAUCCUCCACUUGGCUCCAGACUCCUGUGCCGAUACAGGGCAUGGGAUGCGUGAUGUCGCUCAGCUGUCCCGCUGGGUGGCCUCGAGCCCCCAGAGGAGUGGCCACUCUCAGUGCAGACAGCCCGCCGCUUUCGCCGGGUCGUUCCGCGGGGGCUCAGCACAGGAAGCAGGACCCCCAGUCCACAGGCUGAACCUCUGCCAGCCACGGGAGGUGGACCAGAAGAUGGGGCCCUGGAGGAGGAUCCCCGAGGAGGCGGGACCCCCAGCAGGGGCUGGGGUGGCCCCCCCAUCCCGCACUGCCUGUCUUCCUGCGCCCCCCCCGGGCCAUGGAAGCGACCUGGGGCCACUUGUGUCCGAGUCACGCCUGGGCAUCUGGCAGCUGCUCCCCCAGCUCCGCAUGGUCGCUGACUCCCAGGUGGCCUUGUCCGAUCCCAGGAGCAGAAAUUAA